AGUGCAUCCACACAGCCAACAAAAAAAGAAUAUCCAACACUACCCAUUUUCAAAUUCCAAUUAAAAUUUAAUAUAUACCCGCAGAAUUAAAACACAACACGCAUUCCACGUUUCCCUCUGUAUUGUAAUUGUAAGCUACAGCGGAAGAAUACGAUUUGUUGAAAUAUUUUGUACUAUCACUAACAUCCUCCUCUCUCUCUAAUCCAAUCCAAUCCAUUCCUAAUCAUCCCUGUCCCUUUCUUAUCCUAAUUUUCUUUCUUUAAUUCCAUUUUUUUCUCUGUAAAUCGCCAAAUUUUUCCCUCUUAGCUCUACAUUUUGCAUGUUUAGCAUUGCCGAGAGUUUCCGGUGUGGAAUUUGUGAAUUCGGCAGUGUGGCUGCUGCUGUUUCCGGCGGUUAUAAUAAUAAUUGUAGUCGUGAGUCUUGUGACAGUGUAAAAAGUGGAUAAAAUUGAAGUGUAGGAGGAAAGAUGUCGAUACCGAAGGAAUUGGAGCAGGUGAUGAAGGUGAGAGGAGGAUCAGUUCUCGGAAAGAAGACAAUUCUUAAAAGUGACCAUUUCCCUGGCUGCCAGAACAAACGCCUUACUCCACACAUCGACGGUGCUCCUAAUUACCGUCAGGCUGAUUCGUUGCCAGUGCAUGGUGUUGCGAUUCCGACAGCGGAGGGAAUCCGUAAUGUUCUUAAUUAUAUUGGGGCACAAAAGGACGGGAAGCAAGUCCAAGUUAUUUGGUUUAACCUUCGUGAAGAACCAGUUGUGUAUAUUAAUGGGCGGCCUUUUGUUUUGCGUGAUGUUGAAAGGCCCUUCUCCAAUCUUGAAUAUACGGGAAUUAACAGAUCUAGGGUUGAAGAAAUGGAGGCUCGAUUAAAAGAAGAUAUACUGAUUGAAGCUGCCAGGUUUGGAAAUAAAAUACUUGUCACUGAUGAACUUCCUGAUGGUCAGAUGGUGGACCAGUGGGAAUCAGUAUCACAUGAUUCUGUGAAGACACCAUUAGAGGCAAAUGAAGAACUGCAAAGGGAGGGGUACCUUUUUGACUAUGAACGUGUUCCCAUAACUGAUGAAAAAUCACCGGAGGAGCAUGCUUUUGAUAUCUUGGUUGAUAAAAUUUAUCAAGCAGACCUGAAAACAGAAAUAAUGUUCAAUUGUCAAAUGGGACGGGGACGAACUACAACUGGGAUGGUCAUAGCCACAUUGGUUUACCUUAAUCGGAUUGGUGCUUCUGGUAUUCCAAGAACCAAUUCAAUAGGGAGGGUUUUGGACACUGGUUCUACUGUUUCUGACAAUUUGCCAAACUCGGAAGAGGCGAUUCGUAGAGGAGAAUAUACAGUCAUAAGAAGCUUGACUAGGGUUUUAGAGGGUGGAGCUGAAGGCAAAAGACAAGUGGAUAAAGUCAUUGAUAAGUGUGCCUCCAUGCAGAACUUACGUGAAGCGAUAGCCAUUUACCGCAAUAGCAUUCUUCGUCAACCAGAUGAGAUGAAGAGAGAAGCUUCACUUUCAUUUUUCGUAGAAUAUUUAGAAAGAUACUACUAUCUCAUAUGCUUUGCUGUAUACAUUUAUUCAGAGAGAGAUGCCCUCCGUUCUAGUUCUUUUAGUCAUAGCAGUUUUGCUGACUGGAUGAGAGCACGGCCAGAGCUUUAUAGCAUAAUUCGAAGGUUGCUCAGGAGAGAUCCGAUGGGUGCUCUUGGAUAUGCAAGUUUAAAGCCAUCUUUAAUGAAGAUUGCUGAAUCUGCUGAUGGCCGCCCUCAUGAGAUGGGCGUUGUUGCUGCUUUAAGAAAUGGGGAAGUUCUAGGAAGUCAAACUGUUCUAAAGAGUGACCACUGUCCUGGUUGUCAAAUCCUGAGUUUGCCAGAGAGGGUGGAAGGUGCACCUAAUUUCAGAGAAGUUCCUGGAUUUCCUGUUUAUGGAGUUGCAAAUCCAACUAUAGAUGGUAUUCUCUCUGUAAUUCGAAGGAUUGGCAGCUCCAAAGGUGGUCGUCCUGUUUUUUGGCACAACAUGCGAGAAGAGCCUGUAAUCUACAUUCAUGGAAAACCGUUUGUUCUCCGCGAGGUUGAAAGACCAUUUAAGAACAUGCGGGAGUACUCGGGAAUUGAUCGUCAGAGAGUGGAGAGGAUGGAAGCUCGAUUAAAGGAAGAUAUCUUAAGAGAAGCUGGCCGCUAUGGAGGUGCUAUAAUGGUCAUUCAUGAAACAGAUGAUGGGCAGAUUUUUGAUGCUUGGGAGCAUGUGAAUUCGGACUCUGUUAAGACCCCUCUUGAGGUAUACAAAUGCCUAGAGGCUGACGGCUUUCCCAUUAAGUAUGCUCGAGUGCCUAUCACGGAUGGUAAAGCUCCCAAAAGUUCCGACUUUGACACAUUGGCAGUCAAUAUUGCUUCUGCUUCCAAGGAUACUGCUUUUGUUUUUAAUUGUCAGAUGGGAAGGGGAAGGACAACCACUGGCACUGUAAUUGCUUGCCUUCUUAAACUUAGGAUGGACUAUGGAAGACCAAUUAGAGUCUUAGUUGAUGAUAUGACUUGUGAGGAAAUGGAUAGUGGCAGCUCAAGUGGUGAAGAAACCGGAAGCAAUGCUUCCAUGUCUCCUGCAAAUAAUACAUUAAUAAGGAUGGGAACAAACCAAGGUCGUGCUUUUGGCAUUGAUGACAUCUUACUGUUGUGGAAGAUAACAAGAUUAUUUGAUAAUGGGGUAGAAUGCCGCAAGGCCUUGGAUGCUGUAAUUGAUAGAUGCUCUGCACUGCAGAACAUACGCCAAGCUGUUCUGCAGUACAGGAAGGUUGUAAAUCAACAACAUGUUGAGCCCAGGGUGAGGAGAGUGGCAUUGAAUCGUGGUGCAGAGUAUCUGGAACGGUACUUCCGUUUAAUUGCCUUUGCAGCAUAUCUUGGAAGUGAAGCAUUUGAUGGAUUUUGUGGGCAAGGAGAAGUAAAGAUGACAUUUAAGAAUUGGCUGCAUCAAAGGCCUGAGGUCCAAGCAAUGAAAUGGAGCAUCAGAUUAAGGCCGGGGCGAUUUUUCACUAUCCCUGAGUUGAGAGCACCGCAGGAAUCCCAGCAUGGAGAUGCAGUAAUGGAGGCCACUAUCAAGGCCCGUAAUGGUUCAGUUCUGGGAACAGGCUCUAUACUGAAAAUGUAUUUCUUUCCUGGUCAGAGGACUUCCAGCCACAUACAAAUUCAUGGAGCACCACAUGUUUACAUGGUUGAUGGUUACCCUGUAUAUAGCAUGGCAACUCCUUCAGUUUCCGGUGCUAAAGAGAUGCUAGCAUAUUUGGGUGCUAAGCCCAAGGAAGAAGGGUCACCUGCUCAGAAAGUGAUACUAACCGAUCUCAGAGAAGAAGCAGUUGUUUACAUUAAUGGCACACCAUUUGUCCUCAGAGAGCUACAUAAACCUGUUGAUACACUCAAGCAUGUUGGAAUUACUGGUCCUUUGGUGGAACAUAUGGAAGCACGACUUAAAGAAGAUAUAGUAUCUGAGGUGAGAGAAUCUGGAGGUAGAAUGCUUUUGCAUCGUGAAGAAUUUAACCCUGCAACAAAUCAAUCCAGUGUCAUAGGAUAUUGGGAAAACAUCUGUGCAGAUGAUGUGAAGACACCAGCUGAAGUGUAUGCUUCCCUAAAAGCUGAGGGUUAUGAUAUAACAUACAGGAGGAUACCAUUAACAAGAGAGAGGGAAGCUUUAGCUACUGAUGUUGAUGCCAUCCAGUAUUGUAAAGACGAUGGUGCAGGGAGCUAUCUUUUUGUUUCACACACAGGAUUUGGUGGUGUUUCAUAUGCAAUGGCAAUUACUUGUAUUAGACUUGGUGCAGAUGCAAACUUCACAGUACCGAUUCCACAAAACAUUGAUGCCAAAUCACUUUCUGUGCAUGACGAGAACUUACCUUAUCAGUCAUCAUAUGAAGAAACACUAAGGAUGGGUGAUUAUCGUGACAUAUUAAGUCUUACAAGAGUUCUUAUGUAUGGUCCGAAGAGCAAAACAGACGUUGACAUUGUUAUUGAUAAGUGUGCGGGUGCUGGGAAUUUACGGGAUGACAUCCAAUAUUACAGCAAGAAACUCAGGACGUACCCUGAUGAUGAUGACGAACGACGAGCACACCUGAUGGAUAUGGGUGUUAAGGCUUUAAGGCGUUACUUCUUCCUUAUAACAUUCAGAUCAUACCUCUAUUGUGCUAAACCAAGUGAAACAAGAUUCACAUAUUGGAUGAACUCAAGACCUGAACUAGGACAUCUUUGUAAUAACCUGAGGAUCGAUAAGUAAUAUUCGACGUAGAGGAAUCUGCAAAUGUAUGUAUGUAAUGUACAGCUAGUUGUCUGUUGUAGCUUCUCCAUUUAUAGCCUCGUGAAAAUAGAUAUGUGCAGCUAGUGGAAUCACAAAAAUAUCAAUAAAAGCCGGUCGCUUGGUUUCAUAUGCAAAGAACGUUACACGAAUUGAAUCCAAGCUGACACUACAAUUAGGCCUGAGUGUAAAAUUAUAUUCGUGGUAACUGAAUCAAAAAUGGUUGUCUUCAGAGUGGCAUUUUUACGACAAA